AUGUCGUCCAGAAAGCGCAAAUCCGAUCUUCUCGGCGUGAUCGAAGACAACGAUGCUCCUGCGUCAAAAGUCAGUCGAGCAUUAGGCCCAGAAAGCAUCAGCAAUGGCGAGAGGUUUGGCCAAAGUGCCGAUUAUAUUCCAUUGAAUGAGCUCUCUCAGAUUAUUGGCGAUGAAGACGAUGACCAGGCCGCCGGCCUUGUCCAGGGAACUCAGGACGCGGACUCUGCGUUGUCUACAAACAUGCUUUAUGGUAAACUGCAGACCGUGAUCGUGGGAGUUCGUUUCUACAAAGGUAUUGCCACCCCAGGCGAGCAUGUAAUCCUGAAACGAGAGCCUCAGAAUCAAUAUGAUCGCAAUGCAAUCCGAGUUGAUAAUAUCAUGGGCAUUCAGAUUGGCCACAUUGGGAGGGGAAUCGCUGCCAAGCUCGCCCCCUAUAUGGACUCCGGAGACCUCCAUGUAGAGGGAAUUUUGACAGGCAUCAAGGGACCUUAUGACUGCCCUGUAGUGCUGCCGCUAUACGGCACAACCGACCUAGAGAAGAAGACAGCUCUAAAGCAGCGUAUGCGUCAGGAUAGGCUUCCUGUGGGUGACGCCACGGAGGCUGAGCGCAAGGAGGCGCAACGCAAGAAACAGCAAGCUGCGGAACGCAAGAUGGCUGAAAAGGCGGCUCGUGCAAUGGCUCUCAAAAAAGCUGCGGCGGGAUGGCAAGGCAAUGAUGAAACAAUGUUUGCCAACCUCUCGACACCAACAGGGCUGGGCGGGGACACCGAAACCCUGGAGGAUCUUAUCAACCAAAGCAGCUCCUUCAAUCCCAGGGAUAUCGGCCAGGUGGUGGAGAGCUUCGGACUGAAAGAGUCCGACAUGGCCAAGAUGCCGAUGGCCGACACCCCAGCUGGUCUUUCUACAGAAUUACUUCCUUAUCAAAAGCAAGGUUUAGCGUGGAUGAUCGAUCAUGAAUCUCCGACUCUUCCCCCGCCUGGCUCUGAUGCCGUGGUUCAGCUGUGGAAGCGCAGUGGAAAAACCUUUACCAAUAUAGCAACCAAUUAUUCUACUUCUACUGAGCCGACACUCGCAAGCGGUGGAAUUCUCGCUGAUGAUAUGGGUCUUGGGAAGACCAUCCAGGUCAUCUCCCUGAUUCUGGCCAACUCUGCUCCAAAGUCUUCGGGGUCCAGUAAGACCACGUUGAUUCUUGCCCCGGUGGGUGUGAUGAGUAACUGGAAGUACCAGAUGCAAGAUCAUUGUCGAAGUGAAAGCAUGCCGCGUGUUCUAAUUUACCACGGAUCUGGUAAAAAGGAGGCUGCGAGUCUGUCGCAGUACGAUGUUGUGAUCUCGAGCUACGGCGCCCUUUCCAAAGACUAUCAACCGGGAGCCAAAAAUACACCUAAGAAGGGGAUCUUCUCUGUCCACUGGCGGCGCGUUGUGCUCGAUGAGGGUCACUGCAUUCGAAACCCUCGGACGCAAGGUUCUCUGGCAGCUUGCGCCUUGCGUGCAGACUCUCGCUGGACGCUUACUGGAACGCCAAUCAUCAACACCCUCAAGGAUCUAUACUCGCAAGUACGAUUCUUGAAGCUUUCUGGAGGCUUGGAAGAUAUGGGUGUUUUCAAUAGCGUACUAAUCCGCCCUCUCACAUCUGGUGACCCCGAGGCUCGCUUGCUUCUUGAGGCUUUGAUGGGAACUAUUUGUCUCAGACGGCGAAAGGACAUGGAGUUCAUAAACCUGCGACUCCCCAAGCUCACUUCUCGAGUCCUUCGUAUCAAGUUUCACCCUCAUGAACUCGCGAAAUACAAUGCAUUUCAGUCCGAGGCAAAAGGAGCUUUGUUGGAGUUCAAGGAUAAGCAAGGAACAUACUCUCAUCUGCUGGAGGUCAUUCUGCGCCUCCGUCAAGUUUGCAAUCACUGGGCCCUAUGUGGAAAUCGCGUCGCCAAACUCAUGGAGACCUUGGGAGAGAAUAAAGUCUUGGAACUUAACUCUGAGAACAUGAAGGCUUUGCAAGAGAUGCUGCAGGUUCAAAUUGAAAGCCAGGAAGUGUGUGCGAUCUGUCUUGACAACUUUGAUCAACCUGUCAUCACGGCAUGUGCCCAUUCUUUCUGCAAGGGCUGUAUCGAGGAGGUUAUUGAGCGACAGCACAAGUGUCCACUCUGCCGUGCCGAUAUCAAGGACAACAAGACCUUGGUCGCCCCCGCCGAGGGAUUGGGUGAAGAUUCCGCAAUCGUUGACGCAGAUCCCAGCAACCCUAGCAGCAAGAUCGAGGCCCUAAUGAAGGUUCUCACCGCGCCAGGCCAAGCGCCUGGAACUAAAACGGUGGUAUUCAGUCAGUGGACGUCCUUCCUCGACCACGUGGAACCUCAUCUUGCCCAACGAGGAAUCAAAUUUGCUCGGGUGGACGGCAAGAUGAAUGUCGACAAACGCGAUAAAUCCAUCAGCGUAUUUUCUACAGAUCCUGACUGCACUGUUCUUCUUGCAAGUCUCAGUGUUUGCAGCGUGGGUCUCAAUCUCGUUGCUGCCAAUCAAGCUAUCCUUGCCGACAGUUGGUGGGCCCCUGCCAUUGAAGACCAAGCACUGGAUCGUGUGUACCGAUUAGGGCAGAAACGAGAGACCACUAUGUGGCGACUCGUUAUGGAGGACAGUAUUGAAGAGCGUGUGCUUGAUAUCCAGAGUCGGAAACGUGAGCUGAUGCUUGCAGCGUUCCGCGAGACGGGCAAGAAGAAGGCUGAGGAUAGAGCGACUCGUGUGGCGGAUCUUGAGAAUCUUCUUCAUUGA